UAAUGAAAGAAGCAUGGCCGAGCAGUGGAGGCCUCCUCGAGACUGUAACGACUACUGGGACGAAUGGAAACACUGUAAGAGCCUCAGGCAUUAUUUCCAUUACUACUACACUCACGGAGAAAAACCAACUUGCCAGCAGUGGAAAGCGGACUAUGCAGCUUGCAAAGAAUGGGAGAGGACAAAUAGCCAGGAAGCCAAGGAAGCUCUACUACAGAGUGAGAAGGCUCGGCUAAAAGAAAAACAGAACCGUAAUCCUGUGUGGACGAUGAGAAAGCAUCCUCCUGCAGACUGGCACCUGCCACUGGAUAGAUAAUCGGAAA